GUGCCUGCGGACACAGACAGCACUGUGGCUCCACGGCCCCCACUCCCACACCCCCACAGCCACGUGUCCUCAUCUGAGGGUCGGUCUCACUAUUGCUCAUCUUUGUUUAUGGGUAUAAAAGGUCAGCCACUGCACUUGGCUUUGACUGACCCCACUGGGGAGCCACAGGCUGAGUUCCAACCGCCGCAGGAUGGGGCCGGCCUGGGAGGCGCGGUGGCUCAUGUCAAGAUCUCACCACACUGGGCUCCACAAUGCUCAGAUACGAGGCUGACAUUUGAAAAGAUGAAGUUAGGAGUUGAAAAGGCAACUCCAGCAGAAGCUGCACUUUCAACAUUGCGUCACCUCAACACCUGCAACGUCGCCUGCAAAUCACCACGUCCGAACGACCACCGACCACAUGGCUCCUCCGUGCCGGUGUGGGGAAGAGACAGGACGCAGGCAGAGAAACACCUUCACACGCUGCACAGGAGCGACGAGAGGGAGGGGCACCGCUGCAGCGGCGCUGGCCAGGUGGACGCCCACACGGUGUGGAGAGCGCGGCGGGCACGUGGAGUGCUGGCAGCCGCCUCGUGCUCACAAGGUCCUGCUGCUUUCCACGGCACCGUCCUCAUCACACCACUCCACGGUGUUUUCCAGAGGACACUGACCCGAGGUCACACAAGGUCCCCUGGUGUGGCACUGGUCAAAUUGUGGGGUGAGGGGCUAGACAGGCCCCAACAUGAACACCAUGGUGAGCUCCAUUCUCAAGUCUGCACAGGCGGCACGAGGGGGCAGGGACAGUGCGGACAAAUGGAGACGAGGCAGCCUCCAUGCCGGAGGCACCCCGGGACCUGUGGCACGUGGCCACAGGGAGGGAGGGAGGUGGGGCGAGGCCACCCCUUUCCUGGGAUGCUGAGUGUACCGAGGACACCCGCACCCUGACCUGAGAGCCGGCUGCAGGGUUCACAGCCAAGUCUCACACACUUGCUGCCAAUCACCGCCACGCUCAGAGCUGCCCACGGCGCCGCGGCAUUAUUGGACAGUGCAUUCCUCUUUUGUACAACCCCUUCCCUGAAUGGGGAAACAUGGGGGGAAAGCCUGAACACCCCCUCAGUGCUUCCUGCUCCAAAAAGCCGGCUCCACUGCUGGGAUCCCAGGCACAGGGCCCCACGCUUCCUUCUCUGAAGCCUGCCUGGGCAUCAUCAGGAGCUCUCAGAUGCCCACCGCCGCCCCGGCCGCCCGCUGAAUACCCGCUAAGGGAGCAGCUCUCUCUCCCUAAGUCUUCACAGUUGGGUUUUCACAGUUGGAUUAUUACUGAAAACACACUGCACAAAUCAGACUGUUUUCU